AUGGGUACUGCUGUUACGUCGGCGGCACCACCAAAUGGUAGAGGCAAUACGCGCUCAUCCCUGGCCUGUCUGCUCUGCCGCUCCCGCCACUUGAAGUGCGAUGGGGUUCGACCACGCUGCAACCGCUGCGUUGAGACUGCUAAGCAGUGCCAGUACACGCAGUCACGAAGGGGCGGCCUCGACCGCGCAGCUCUAGCUGAGCGGCGCAGACGACUCGAGGCCGCGGGUCGGAGUCCGGUUGAAUCCGCCAACAGUUCGAAUCUGCCACAGCCCUCGAGGACCACUCAUCAGCAAUACAACCCGUCACCACCCCAAUUUGCCAGUGAUGUUGGAGCAGAUCUCACGAAUAGCUAUGGCUCGGAGCCACCGGGGCCAGAAGCUACACUUCAGGUAGACGUUGGCAACGAUAUCGCGGGUGACCCUUUCAUCACGUCGUACUACGAGAACUUUCACAAAUUCCACCCCGUUGCGUUGCCGCUGAAACACUUGAUGCGAAUUCACCGGGACCCAAGUAUACAACUGAACCUGAGACCUCUCAUCGCCAUCUUGCGUUUCAUUGGCCACAUUUACAGCACGCGAGAGUGGUCUGCCGCUCUUCGAUUGCAUGUCGACGCUUGUUUUGCAGAGGCUGCGCCAACAGAUCCCAUCUUGGUCCAGUGUCGCGUAUUGUAUUCGAUAGCAUUGUUCUGGAGCAGCUACAAGGACGAAUCGAAGAGGGAGAUGGAUGCUGCUGUUCAGCUCGGUCUUGAUUUGCAAAUGUUUCGUCAGGACUUUGCCGCAAAGUACGGAGCCCAGGAUGCGGUGUUGACGGAGUGCUGGAGGCGGACAUGGUGGAUGCUCUACAUUGUCGAUGCUUUUUAUGCAGGGACACUCGGGGCCGCGAAUUUUGUAACUGUGGAUGUCGAGGCCACGGUUGACUUGCCAUGCGAAGAGGCGGACUACGAAAAGGGGCAAAUUCCGGAGCCCCAGACGCUGCAUGAUUUCGACUGCCGCGAAUUAGCGCCCGAAUCGACUUCGUUCUCGUCCUUUGCCUAUCUCAUCGGCGCAGUACGAUGUUCGGCAUUGGCAAUAUCGACGGCCCCGAAAGUUGCUGCAAGUGAAGAGUCCCUACACAUUCUCCAAGCCGCUGACUCUGUCAUCAAUGCAUGGCUUCUUUUGCUUCCGAGCGGCCGCAAGCAGGUUAUGAGCAAGACGGGCGAAAUCGACGAACUCAUGUUUCAAGCGUACUUGUUAAUUCAUGUCGCAGCCAUCGGCCUCCACAGGCCGUUGUCCGACCUCAAGUUCAACCCGGUGGAGUGGAUCUCGAGCUGUGCCCGACAUCCACCUCGGGAAACAUCAUCGCCGGAGCUCAUCAACGUACACACUGUGCGCGUCCGGAAAUCAAUCGAAGCGCAGAUCCGCCUCUUAGCGCUACCCACGGAGCACUUCCGCCACAGCCCCUUCACCACUUGCAUGGUCAGUGAAGGCACCCUGGCGCUGCUGUCCGCGUGCACAUUUCUGCUCGAGGGAAAGGAGCUUGCCGUUGCUCGCGACCAGAUUCGCAUGACGAUUGGGUGCCUCAAGAUGCUGGGCGAGCUUUGGCCCAGAAUCGAAACGAGCGUGCAGGAGAUACAGACUAUUGCUCGACAUGUCCUUGGGCUUCGGUCCAAGGCAGCCAAGUCUGCCGAUGUACCAAGACCCAGCCAAGUUCAAACUCCUUCAAGCGAACAAGGCCAAGGGAUUUCAGAGGUUGAAGCAUAUGUGGCGGCGAGCGACAUCGAGCUGUUUGCCUCCCUCGGCUCGAUGGAGGAUUUUUGUGGCUGGUACAACUCGGGCGAAUCAGGUCAAAACUUCUUGUUGGAGACAAAUAAUCCGCCAUGA